AUGGUGCCCACGUUCCUCGCACGUAUAAAGUAUGUCACUAUGCUGGAGCCAAUCUUACUUCGCUGUGACAGCAUUGUUAGCAGUACUACUAGCGUGCUACUCGAACAGCCGCCACCAUCCAGCCACGUAUUUCUGGAGCCUUCAGUUUAUAUCGUAUCGUCAUGGCUCGCUCUAUUCUCUCCGUCGGCCUCGCGCUCUUCCUCGCUGCAGUUCUGGCUCUCUCCUGCGUCUCGUGCGCUCAAGGCGUCAGAGUUAUUGCAGAUGAUGCGAACAAACUCCUGGCUGGAAUGCGCAAGGCAGAUGACGUGCCUCCCCGUGAGCAGGCACGCCCUGCAGUCUGGUGUUCAAGCGGAAAGUGCAGGACUGCUACUCACUCUCCCUCGUGAGAACGCAGAAGAGCAUGGACAAGUGCAAGGAAGACCUUCUCGCGCAGAUUCAGCAGUGCGGAGGCAAGCCAGUACGGACCGAGUAUCCUCUGGCAGGAGGAGCAAGCAAGCCUAG